AUGACGGGCAUCUACGAUGCGUAUAUGAAGAGAAAUCUCACACCAGAAAUCGGAUUCGAUCUGUCUCCAAUUAUGAUGAUUCAACUUUCCGGAGAGCUUUUCGAUCUGAACAAGUACCUCAACAAGACUCCUGAUCCACAAGAGUAUCCGGAAGCCGGACGUUGCUCGGGAUUCGUCAAACUAGCGCCAGGAAACGAGGAUAUGUUCUUUGCCCAUGUAGCGAUGUCGAGCCUCAGCUGGAUGAUCAGGGUACUGAAGCUGUACAAAUUCGCCUUCGGUAAGUCAGUUACAAUGUCGCGGAUAUCGUGCACACUCAAUGAUGCAAGCGAUCAGGUUCUGAGAAGUUGCACGUUAUUUGCACAGUGUUUCCUCAAGCAGUUCAUCUUACAGAUGAAAGAAAGAAAGUCCGCGAGGCAAUACGUAUCGUUUUCUGGUUACCCAGCUCAACUCGCCUCUGCAGAUGACUACACUUUGACCAGUGCUGGAUUGGGUUCUAUCGAGACUACGAUUGCCAUUUUCAAUAAGUCGCUCUAUAGUGACAAGUAUAUCAAACAGAGGGUCACCCGGUGCAACUGUUGGCUUCGAUCAACGAUUUCGAAUUAUUUGACGAAGUGA